UGUACCUACCAAUCUCCGAUGCCCCAUGUGCCAUUGCCGCCCCGCGCGCGCAGGCAACUACAGUCCUCAUCCUGUGUGGACCAACCCGACGCUCAGACCGAACCCCUGCCGUCAACUUGACCGUGAGCACUUUCUGCUCCUAAAAUGAAUUCCUACACCGUCAUCUAAAAAAAAAAACCCUUCACACCGCAGACCUCCUCCUUGUCGGACGCCACAGCUGCGGGUUUGGUUCCUUUCAGCCUGGCGGCGGUGCGAGCGGGACUGCCGCGGUGCCCUACACGAAUGUGCUGAGGGGGGGGGGGACUGGACUGUGGAGAGCUGAGGACUCUAAAAACACCGAAGGCACUAAGAGGGGGAAAAGAGUGAACGCCUGCGUUUAGAGCAGCCUGCCUCCGAAGAGGCGAGAGGAGCAGAGAGGAGAGUUUUGGGUCCAUUUCUACCAGAGCGCAAUAUCUGCACUUUGAAGAGACGGAACUUCACUGUCGCCGUCGACUUGACGCUGGGAGCUGCAGGGGGCUGAAUGAGUAAAUAGAUAAGCGCGGUGUAACAUGGAUAUCCGAGGAGGGGUAAACAGCAGAAAACACCGCAGGGAACGUAAGCCCACUCAGAAGAACGGUGAAAGUGCUGGAAAAGACAAAGCCAGGAUUCUACACACCUGUGAUUUGAUGUGAGCUUCUAUUGACCUGAGACUAUUAAAAUGGAGUUGCUAUGGAAACUUCUACUUCUGCUAUCAUUGGCGGAGUGUCUGGCAGGAAGCGGAGUCUUGCUGAGGCCUGUGUUCACCAAACAACCCGGCAGUGUGGUCUUUCCCCUUGGAGCGGGUGAGAAUCGCCGAGAGGUGGUCUUUAGCUGCGAGGCCCAGGGACACCCGCCGCCCUUCUACAGGUGGAAGCUCAAUGACUCCUUCGUCCUGCCCAGGCCAGGGUCACGUUACUCUCUCAUGGGAGGAAACUUACACAUCAGCCGUCUGAAUAAAGAGGAAGAUGUUGGCAUCUAUCAGUGCCUGGCAUCAAACUCUUUUGGCACCAUCGUCAGCAGGCAGGCCAGUCUGCACAUCGCAUACUUGGAGAACUUCAAGACACAGAAGAGAAGUCCAGUGAGGGUUCGUGAAGGUCAAGGAGUGGUCCUACUGUGUGGCCCACCACACCACUCCGGAGAACUUACCUUCACGUGGAUCUUCAAUGAGUACCCGUCGUUUGUCAUUCGGGACACACGACGAUUUGUGUCCCAGAAGACAGGCAACCUCUACAUCGCCAAAGUGGAAUCCUCCGAUGUGGGCAACUACACGUGUGUCGUCACCAAUACAGUCACCAAAAGCAGUGUUCAAGGACCACCAACUCCUCUAGUGCUGCGUGUUGAUGGUGUGAUGGGUGAAUACGAGCCAAAGAUCGAAGUGCAGUUCCCUGAAGUCGUCCCUGUUGCUAAGAGCUCAACUGUCAAACUGGAAUGUUUUGCACUUGGAAACCCAGUGCCAACCAUCAGCUGGAGGAGAGUGGAUGGAGCUUCUUUUGGCAGGAAGGUGGACAUAAAUAAAGCCAGCGGAGUAUUGGAAAUCCCUUACUUCCAGCAGGAGGAUGCAGGAAUAUAUGAAUGUGUGGCUGAAAACAGCAGAGGAAGAAACUCUGCUAAAGGAAAGCUCUCUUUCUAUGCGGCACCUAACUUGACCGAGAAGCCUGAAGAUGUUCAGAUGACCAUUGAUGAUACGCUGGUGUGGGAGUGCAAAGCCAGUGCCAAGCCCAAACCCUCCUACCGCUGGCUGAAGAACGGAGAGCCUCUGGACCCCAUGGAGCAGGACAGGGUUCAGGCGAAUAAUGGAGUGCUGACGAUCAGUAGUUUAAAUCUGGCUGACAUCGGCAUGUACCAGUGUGUGGCAGAGAACAAGCAUGGCCGAAUCUUCACCAACGCUGAGCUCCGAGUCAUAGCCAUCGCUCCAGACUUCUCCCAGAACUUGUUGAAGGCCCAAACUCUGGCUCGACAGGGUGGCGACGUUCUGAUGGAAUGCAAGCCCAGGAUGUCUCCUCGGGGUGUAAUCUCUUGGAGGAAGGGGAAGGAAGCUCUGAGAGAGAGCCACAGAGUUACUGUGUUGGAUAAUGGCAGCCUACGGAUUUCCAAUGUUACUAAAAUGGAUGCUGGACUCUACACGUGUGUAGCCAGAAACCAGUUUGGAGUAGCGAGCAGUGCUGGCAGCCUUUUGAUUAAAGAGCCAACAGCGAUCACCAGUCCAGCAGGUCAUUUGGACGUGACCGUGGGGGAGAGCAUCGUGCUGCCCUGCCAGGUCUCUCAUGACCCCACGCUGGACCUCAAGUUUACCUGGUUCUUCAACGAGCAGCUAAUCCACUUUGGAAGCCACUGGGCGUAUUUUGAAAAAGUUGGUGGACGCUCGGCUGGUGACAUCAUGAUCCGGAACAUUCAGCUGAGGCAUGCUGGGAAAUAUACGUGUGCUGUUCAGACCAAGGUGGACAGUGUGUCUAUUGCCACUGAUGUGGUAGUCAGAGGUCCCCCGGGCCCCCCUGUUGGCUGUCAGGUGACUGAGAUGACAGAGACCACUGCCUCUCUGUCCUGGGGACCCGGAAUGGACCAUCACAGCCCCAUCCACAGCUACACCAUCCAGGCCAGAACGCCCUUCUCUCUCGGGUGGCAAGCUGUUACCACCGUUCCUGAGCUGCUCGGGGGGAAGCAGCUGUCAUCCUCCGUCAUUGACUUGAGUCCAUGGGUGGAGUACGAGUUCAGAGUCCUGGCAACAAACAGCAUAGGAACAGGAGAGCCCAGCAAACCCUCCAAAAAGGCCCGCACCAAAGAAAUGCUUCCCAGGGUGACUCCGUCCAGAGUGAACGGUGGCGGUGGGGGACAUUCAGAGCUGGUCAUCACUUGGGAGACUGUUCCAGAGGAGCUGCAGAGUGGUCCGGGCUUUGGCUACGUGGUGGCUUUCCGCCCACUGGGGGCGCAGGGCUGGAUGCAGGCUGCUGUCACGUCUCCGGACGCCUCUAGAUAUGUCUUCAAGAACGAGAGCAUCCCUCCCUUUUCCCCUUACCAAGUCAAAGUCGGGGUUUACAACAACAAGGGAGAAGGCCCUUUCAGUCCAGUGACCACCAUCUACUCAGCGGAGGAAGAGCCCAGCAGAGCUCCAGGGAGGCUGAGGGCGAAGAGUGUAUCAGCGUCCGAGGUAGAGGUCACCUGGAAGCCGCUGGCCUGGAGCAACAACCGCAGACGCAUCCUGGGCUAUGAGUUGCAGUACUGGGGUGAGAGGAAGAAGCAGGACACCGCCAUUGUGAUCAGGACAGUGGAGAAUAAAACUUCCGUACUCAUCAGGGAUCUGGAGGGCAGCAGUACCUAUUACAUGUCCCUGCGGGCCUAUAACAGCGCUGGAGUGGGUCCACAGAGCAUCAUAGUCAAUGUUACAACCAAGAAACCACCGCCCAGUCAAGCCCCGGUCAAAAUUAUGUGGAACACUUCCAACUCCAAGGUCAUCCUGAGGUGGGACCAAGUACACGCUCUGGAGAACGAGUCAGAAGUCACAGGAUACAAGGUGAUGUACAGCCAGGACAAACACAGCCAUCCCAGCGUGGUGGAGACCAACACCACCUCCUUGGAGUUGUCACUACCGGUCAACCAGGACUACGUAAUCCAGAUUAAACCCUUCAGUGAGGGAGGGGAAGGCAGCAGCAGCCGCCAGAUUACCAUCCCCAAGAUAGCAGGCUCCGUAGCCACAGGAGCAGCCCCAGAGUCUUCUGCAUUUCCCUUGGUCAACCUUGCAGCGGUAAUCCUCACAGCCAGGACUGUACUAUGACAAACAUCUGCAUCAACCAGGCACUCCAGCUGCUCAUUACAGUAAGAGGAGAAACAGCAGGUCAGAGACAACAAGAGGCUGGCAGCCACAUUCCCACCUGCUCCCCUUCCCCAUCCUCCUGUCUUUCCUGUUUUUUCUACAAAGAUCUCUUUGUGAGGAAGAAUCUUUCCCUCCACCUUUCUAAGAGUGAUUGAAAGGAACUGGCUCCUUUAGAAGUUGGCAGUGAAAGGACACCGUGACUCGACUGCAGUCUCUUUGAAGAGGUUUCUUUCUUUGCUCCCCUCUAACCGGUGGAUAUUCUCAUAUGGGUUUAACCUUGGAGGCCCAGCGGUCUGUGAUGCACAAUAGGAUGUGUAUAUGUUUCCUCUGCUUUGUAACGGUUUCUUUAAGCGGAUAUCGUAUGUACCUCUGGACUUUCCUUGGAUGCUGGGAUCUAAACUGGGGUUGGAGACCUUACAUGGCUCAUAUUUAUGUGAGUGAAGUUAUAUUUAUGUUUAAGACAAGCAGUGGAUGAAGUAAUGUCCCUCCUCUCUGUAGACUGUAGUCUUUGGAAAGCUUCCUGAUCUGUCUAAGAAAAAAAAAAAACCUGUUCCUAAUCCCUGCCCAAUACAGGGAGCUAAGCCUCAUUGCUUUACGACAAACCAGAAUUUGGGACCUUUGUAACGUUACCUGGAUUUUACUCAUGCUGUUAUGUUCCACCACAUUACAUUGAAACCUCAGAGUUGCCAUUUAAACUGACUGUAACCAAAGGUUUUGAGCCAACUUGGUUCAAUGCCACCUGUUGUAUCAUUGUGAGAAAAUGCAGCGCCUACACUCCCAAUAUGGCUUCCAUUGUAAACAGCAGCAUCGUGUUGAUUAAUUGAUGUCUUACCUUCCUCUCUCAUCCAUGAUAAGUCUGGCACGCUGGGCAUUUUCAGCCGCAUUGUUGUACACUGUAUGUAUGAAAUCCUCAGGUCCCAAAUGAGCCUUAAGUCUUAUGGUUAUUAUCCACGUUGUUAUAAUUCAAGAGUUUAAUUUAUUUUCCUCCCCUGUUUAUUUGCAUUGUAUUUUGGCUCACUCAUGCUAUAAUUUAUGAAUAACUGACCAUACUCUAUGCUAUGUGUUUGAUUUUUCACUUUUUAGAUCAUAUUUUUGGGCGUUUUUGGGCUCAGAGACAACAUGCCUUUCUCCUAAGUCUUCAUGAUGCGCAUUGUAAUACAGUACAAGUGGCAGUGAUAACUGACUUUUCUAAAGUAGCUUAUUACAAAGUAGGGAUGGUAUUUUACUAUCUAGUAAAAUACUGUUUAGCUGCUGUUUGGCAUGAGAUUGGUCAGUGUGUACGUACCUACGUUGCUUAGGAUGUCUGAAUGGAUCAACCUGCUUUUAAUAAACAUAAUGACAUUUUC